AUUUGUGUAGUUAUUUUUUAAAAAGCAAAUCGUCAAAAUGUGACUGACGUAAAUUUCUUGUUGGGAUCAGCCUUUCCGAACGCAAUUAUUGUGGCUUCCUUGGUCCCCUGGUCUUUCACACAAUCUGCGGUUCAGCAAUGGCGGACACACUGGGAAUGCCCACCGGAGAAAAGUUCAAACUUGAAAAUUAUGAAACAAGCCUGGCAAAUAUGCUGAGCUCGUUUAGAAAAAAAAAUUAUCUAUGUGAUGUUGUGCUGGUGUGUCGAGACAGGGAAUAUCUUGCUCACAGAAUCGUCCUUAGUGCAGCAAGUCCUUUCUUUAGACAUGGCUUCACGCAGGAUCAAGAGGCACAUACAAGUCACGGGGUUAAGAUGCAGUUGAAGGAGCAUAUAUCCCCAUCAAUCAUGGAAGACAUCCUUCAGUUUAUGUAUUUGGGAGAAAUAUGUGUACACAAAGACAAUGUUAGACUGCUGAUUGCUGCAUCAGAUAUUUUACAAAUGACGAAUUUGAAAGAUCUGGUUUGUAGGUUUUAUGAAAAGAAGCUUUGUGCAUCUAACUGCCUGUCCAUAUCUUCACUAGCUGAUGAGUUCAAUUGCAAGACACUGAAAAAGAGUGCAGAUGCCUUUAUUUAUAAAUACUUUGCAGACGUCAGCCACUCAGAUGAGUUCAAAAGUCUCAAUGUAGAUCAAGUUAUUCAUAUCAUCAGCAACAAUAAAGUGAAUGUGAAGAAGGAAGAGAAAGUAUAUGAAGCUGUUAUUGCUUGGAUUGAUUAUGAUCAAGAAGAGAGGUUUCAGUAUCUUCUGAGACUCAUGGAGAAUGUCAGGCUUUUGCUAAUUGAUAAGUACUAUUUGUUUGACAAAAUUGCCUCGAACACAACAAUAAUGCAGAACAUAGAUUGCCAAGAACUUGUCUUGACAGCUAUAAACUUUCAAUGCCUUACGGAUCGCAGAUCACUGGUAGUAAGUCCCCAAGCGUCACCAAGACAGUCACUUGAUGUAACAAAGAUAGUUGUUGCUUGUGGAGGAGUGCAAGAUGAACUUGCUUCCAAAGAGGCACUUUGCUAUGUACCAGAUGUUGAUUUUUGGUACCCACUUGCCCCUUUGCAUGAAGAAAGAAGCAAUUUUGGCUUAGCAGUUGUAGACCACAGCAUUUUUGCCAUAGGUGGAGAUGUCAAUGGAAAGACAUUGAAGUCAGUAGAAUUUUACAAUUUUGCCCUGGAUAAAUGGACUAGGAGUGCUAAUUUGCCUGAGCCAACCAUGGCACAUGGAGCUGGAGUUUUGAACAACGAAAUAUAUGUUGUGGGGUCAGGAAGUCAAGGUCUUUGUUCAGAUUCAGUAUUCAAAUAUGAUGCAGCUGCAGACAGAUGGACCACUGUUAAGAAAUUGAAAGUGCCAAGACGUGGGGCAUGUGUUGUGUCACAUCUGCAGCUUUAUGCUAUUGGUGGAUAUGGUCCAGAUGGAAUGGCCCUUGCAAGUGUUGAGCGAUAUGAUCCAUACCUAGGUGAAUGGGCAAAAAUCUUUCCCAUGAAUUCCUCACGUGCAUUUGCCAGUGGUGCUGUUGUGGAAAGAAUUAUGUGGUUGUUGGUGAGUAUGCAAGUGGUUCUGUUUCUAUCUGCUCAGGAGAUUUUUCACAUCAGCACUGAUGAUGGCAUCGCAUUGCAGAUGCAUCUGUGCCCGCUCAUUUACCGGUAUUGCAGUACUACUUUACGACAGAUAAUAUGUAUUUGGAGGGUAUAA